AUGACCUAAAGGAAUUUUUCUUUGCCAUCGCAAAAGAAGCCAGGAAAACCACCCUGGGGCCUCUCUCUCCCAAGUGCAGCUUGCUGGCGAAUAUCAAGGCUAUUUUGCAGAAGAUGCUACCAGAAGACUCCUACCAGCUGGCUUCGGGGCGACUGCACAUCUCGCUUACGCGGGUGGCGGACGGCCAAAACGUCAUCGUCUCUGAGUUCAGCUCGAAGGAGGAACUCAUUCAGGCUCUCCUCUGCAGCUGCUUUCUUCCUAUCUACUGUGGGUUCAUCCCUCCAUCCUACCGAGGUGUGCGCUACAUCGACGGAGGAUUCACCGGCCUGCAGCCUGUUUCCAGCCUGGAGGAAGCCGUGAUCACUGUGUCCCCGUUCACGGGAGAGCUGGAUAUCUGUCCGCGGGAUUGUCCCGCUAUCUUCUUCUGUUUCCAGAUCUUCAACGGCAGCAUUCAGAUCUCCAUAGAGAACCUCUGCAGGAUUAGCUAUGCUCUUUUCCCACCUAGCACCAUGGUCUUGAAUGACAUUUUCUCCCAAGGGUACCAGGACACUGCCCUUUUCCUCUACAGGAACAAUGCCUUUGGUGUCAACUACUUCGAUGGCAAUUUCCGCUUCGCCACCAUGUGUGGGAGGAACGACUAUGUACAACCCAAGAGGACGUACACCGGCCUGUACAAAAGGGUACCCCAGUGCCUGGCUCCUUGCUUCCUGCCAGGCUUGGCCCUGUGGAGGAAGGAGCAGAUGACUGGACUGCAGGAUCCGCUGUCAAAGGUCCUGCUGCAGCCAUACAGGCUGGCAGCUCAGCUCUUGUCAGGAAGGGCGGAGGUAGGCACAUAUUUGGACCCCUCUGAAUUUGCAGCUGUGAAGAAGGAUGAAGAAACCUAA